AUGGAAGAGCCAAUUGAUGAUAUUAGACAAGCAUUAAUUCAGUGUUGCAAAGCAUUCAAUUUACGAGUAAAAUCGAGUGUAUUCCAAACAACUGAAACAAAUAAAGAUCUUUGGGAUGUUUUUGGAGCUAGCACACAUUUUUUAAAACUUUUUAGAAAUGGGCAUUUUAGUGAUAAUUUUCUGGAUAGAGAUUUACUCGGCUUCCAUGAUUCACGUACUUGUUUAUCUUCGUUCAGAAAUACAAAGAAAAUGAAAAAAAUGUGA